AUGCAUCUUCCACUAGUCAUCGCGGCGUUCGGACUCGGACUGUCCGCAACUACAAGCGGAUCGAACAUCCGACACCAGAGCCGUAGCAAGGCGAGAAGUGCGACCUGUAUCUUUACUGUCAACGGUAGCGUCGAAGACCGUAGUAGCAGGUUUAACGUCGACUUCUUUGGAGUGACUUCAGACGAGCCGGAUUUUCAGAACUGUCAGCUUGGCUUCCUCGACAAUCUUCGAGGGCAAUGCGGCUUCGUAGAGAACUGGGGAUGCGACAACAACAACGGUGUGUUCGCGACCAGCGGCAACGUAUUUGAGGGGAAAGAUUGCGUCGAGAACGCCAUUUUCUUGUCGCAGAAUGGCUUGGAAGGUGUCACGUGUCAGAAGGUGUGA